UCUGUUUUGCCCAAAUUAUUCUUUCUCAUUCUUGAAAGUGAAUCUGAAGUUGAAGGCAAAGGGAAAAUGGCUCAUUACCAUAAUGACCAUAAAAAGAACGAUGACGUGGAGUUUGUCCGAACUGGCUAUGGGAAGGAUAUGGUCAAAGUUCUUCGUAUUCAGCGAAAUGGAAAAUAUCACAGCAUUAAAGAGGUGGCAACUUCGGUGGAACUUACUCUGAGCUCCAAAAAAGACUACCUGUAUGGGGAUAAUGCAGACAUCAUCCCCACAGACACCAUGAAGAACACAGUUCAUGUCCUGGCAAAGACCAAAGGCAUUAAAAGCAUAGAAACUUUUGCCAUGCAUGUCUGUGAGCAUUUCCUUUCUUCCUUUGACCAUGUCAUCCGAGUUGGAGUCUAUAUGGAAGAAGUUCCUUGGAAGCGUCUUGAAAAGAAUGGAGUUAAGCAUGUCCAUGCAUUUAUUUAUACUCCCACUGAAAAGCACUUCUGUGAGGUUGAGCAGAUGAGGAGUGGACAUCCAGUCAUUCAUUCUGGAAUCAAAGACCUCAAGGUCUUGAAAACAACCCAGUCCGGAUUCGAAGGAUUCAUCAGGGACCAAUUCACCACCCUCCCAGAGACGAAGGACCGAAUCUUUGCCACCCAAGUGUACUGCAGGUGGCGCUACCACCCGGGCAGAGACGUGGACUUUGACGCCACCUGGGACACUAUGAGGGACAUUAUCCUGAAGAAGUUUGCUGGACCCUUUGACAGAGGCGAGUACUCGCCCUCUAUCCAGAAGACCCUCUGUGACAUCCAGGUGCUCUCCUUGAGCCAGAUCCCUGAGAUAGAAGAUGUGGAACUCAGCCUGCCAAACAUUCACUACGUUGAAAUCGACAUGUCCAAAAUGGGACUGAUCAACAAGGAAGAGGUCUUCCUACCGUUAGACAAUCCAUAUGGCAGAAUUACUGGUAAACUCAAGAGGAAGCCGACUUCGAAGCUGUGACAUCGUGGCCACCAGUGGGAGUCCAUGAUUAGUUGAGGCAUUCAGUGAGCCACUUGUGAUGCUGGAAAUCAUGAUGUGUAGCCAUGCAGAUUUUCAAUCUAUUAUGUUGAUUCAUGGUGCUAACGUGUUUUCCUCCUGUUUGAAAGAAUUCUUCAUCUAGCCCAGCAGAGUGUUUUAUGAUUAGUAAUUAUAACAUGCUUUAUGGAUACCAGUUUUCUUCACAAAUGCUGAGCAGUAUUAGAAUAAUCAUAAAUCAAUAUUUCAUUUUAGUUGUCUUGUGCCUUCCUAUCUCAGAGAAGCUUUAGAAUCCAUUUAUUAAGAAGAUAAUCAUCAAUCAAUGGUGAUGUGUUAAUUUGUACACAAGUUUAAGAAGCAAGCAUUGCUUUCAUCCUACUAAUGCUAAAACUUGCUCCUUAGUAAUGCAGAAAAUGUAAUGAUAAAAUCAUAUUUUGAAAAAAUAUCACCAUUGUGGUUUCAAUUAGAUUGAAUAUUUGAAUUCUUAAGAAUGCUCUAGCAUAAGUGUCAUUAGGAGUUUAUUUCUACUCUUAAAGAACUUUUAUAAUCUUCAUGUAUUGCUUUUAUGACUUUUACAACCCUUAGAGAAUAGUAUACACUGAGGCACUGAAAAAAAAGUAAAUUGUUUUCAUUUUUAUCACUUUGGCACAAAGAGCCACAUUUAUUAAUUGCUAAUACCUGGGUGGAUGACUGUAUAUAUAUGUAUAUAUGUAGCAAUACAACAAUCAGCAAUGAUGGUUUUGGAUGGUGGGACCAUAAAUGAUUUUUUUUUUGCCAUGUGGUUUUCUGAAUCUUUCAGAUAUGAGCAUUUAUUACUUUGUAAUCAAGAACUAAAUAUAAUUGAUGAUUUAAAGAUAUAUGUAGUUUUGAGUGGUGAUUAUCUUUACAUCAAUGAACUAACACUACUGUUGUGUAUAUACCAUAAAUCUCCAUAAACUAUAAUUUUAGAAGCCCAUGAUGAAAACUUGUCUACAUGAACAUUCAGAUGACCUUCCUCCAUUAAAAACUCCAUUAAUAAAGUUUUUGUCUCCAUUUUUAUAAA